AUGGGUGCUGUCGGAACACAAACGGUCAACACAACGGAGAGGUUGGAGAAGUUGCGGGCGUUGAUGACGACUCAGGGUGUAGGCGCUUUCGUCGUUCCAAGUGAAGACCAACAUUCGAGCGAGUAUCUGGCACACAGCGAUGAGCGCCGAGCGUUUAUCUCAGGAUUUAACGGUUCUGCUGGUUUUGCGAUUGUCACUCUAGACAAUGCGUAUCUGUUCACGGAUGGGAGAUAUUUCCUCCAAGCAGAGAAGCAGCUCGACAGCAACUGGACUUUGAUGAAGCAAGGACUGCCUAACGUCCCGACUUGGCAGGAAUUCUUGUACAAGAAACUUGACCCAAAGACCAAGAUAGGCAUCGACCCUACGCUCCUCUCUGCCUCCGACGCGGAAUCUCUCAGCAAGCAACUUGCGCCUCAGGAGUCGGAGCUCGUUUCCCUGCCUGACAACCUUGUCGAUCUAGUCUGGGGGGAGGACAGGCCUCCGCGACCGAAGAAUGGGGUGGUGCAUUUGGAUGAGAAGUACUCAGGCCAGUCUCUCGACGAUAAAGUUAAGAAGGUCAGGGAGGAAUUGACGAAGAAGAAGGCCAAGGGAAUUGUGGUGACGAUGCUGGACGAGGUCGCGUGGUUGUUCAACUUGCGGGGCUCGGACAUCGAUUUUAACCCAGUGUUCUUCUCCUACGCACUCGUCACUCUGGACAACGUCGUUCUAUUCGUCGAAUCAGAGCAACUGACAAAGGGGGCUCAGGCGUACCUCAGCAGCCACGAUGUACAGAUCAAACCAUAUGGCGCGUUCUUUACGCAUUUGAAAGAACUUCCGGGCAUGCUGGAUUUGAGCGAGGAAUCUAAAAUCCUCAUUGGCGACAAAGCCAGCCAGGCUGUAGCUGAUUCACUUGGCAAGGGAAAGUACACCAUUGUUACGCCAUCGCCCAUCACAACCCUCAAAGCAAUUAAGAAUGAGGUUGAGCUGGAGGGGUUCAGGCGGUGUCACAUCCGAGAUGGGGCUGCGCUUGCUAGGUACUUCGCCUGGCUCGAGGAGACCCUUAACGAGGGCAAGGAGGUCACAGAGUGGCGAGGCUCUGAAGUCCUCGAGGGAUAUCGGCGCGAGCUGGACCUCUUCCAAGGGUUAUCAUUCACGACAAUCUCGUCUACAGGGCCUAAUGGUGCUAUUAUUCAUUACUCACCAGACCCAAAGGCUUCUGAUAUCAUUAAGAGGGAUCAGAUAUACUUAUGUGAUUCUGGAGCCCAGUUCCUUGACGGCACAACGGAUGUGACGAGGACAUGGCAUUUCGGUAACCCUACGGAUGAGGAGAAACGCGCAUUUACGCGUGUCUUGCAAGGGCAUAUCGCUAUCGAUACUGGGGUCUUCCCGAAUGGGACAACAGGCUAUCUCAUUGACUCCUGGGCACGGAGGGCGUUGUGGCAGGACGGCUUGGACUACAGACACGGGACUGGACACGGUGUAGGGCACUUCCUCAACGUGCACGAGGGGCCACAAGGUAUCGGCACACGGAUAACCUUGAAUAGCUCGCCGCUGAAAACUGGCAUGACCGUCUCGAAUGAGCCUGGAUACUACGCCGACGGGCGGUUCGGCAUCCGAAUUGAGAACAUUGUACUCGUAAGGGUGGCAGAGACCCCAAACAACUUUGGGGACAAGGGAUACCUCGGCUUUGAGCACGUUACGUUGUGCCCGAUCCACAAGAAGUUAGUCGAUGCCAACUUGUUGUCCGAAGCGGAGAGGCGGUGGUUGGAUGACUACCACAAGGAGACUUGGGAGAAGGUGUCACCUUUGCUGAAGAACGAUGAGAGGGCUCUGAAGUGGCUUGAGCGAGAAUGUAGCCCUCUAUAA